AGUUGGGUUGAGAUUUGGUGACUGUGAUUUGGUGACUUUUGUGGGUCAUUGUACUGAAUGUGGUUCUUAGAUAACUCUUAACUGUCCUGUAGUGAAGGUUAAAGGUUUUGUAAACAGAAUCUAAGUAUAGCUAUUCAAACAUGUUUUUCUUCCAAAGGUCUGACAUGGAAAGAGAAGACAGUAGAUAGAGUAGUAGUAGAAUAGUAUAGUGUGCUUUACUGUACUUUGACAACACAGACGUCUUUUUGAAGUUGUCCUGUACAUUGGAACAUCUUUGUGAGUUGCUGUCGUCGUCGUCGUUUUUUUGGGGGGCAACUUGAACAUGAAGGGAUUCCAGGUCCUGUUUGUGCUUCUCCUGGCUGCUGUGUCAGCUGACACUCAGUCUUUCCACCUUGGCAACUGCCCUCAGCCAUCUGUUCAAGAGGACUUCAAUGUCACAGAGUAUAUGGGUACCUGGUAUGAAAUAGAGAAGCUCCCAGCUGCAUUUGAAAGAGGAAAAUGUAACCGAGCCACAUAUUCUCUACUUGCUGAUGGGACGGUCAAGGUUCACAAUGCAGAGUUGCUGUCUAAUGGGAAGAUAAAUUCAAUUGAUGGUGUGGCUAAAGUCAUAAAUGAAUCUCAACCUGCCAUUCUGGGUGUCAGCUUCUUUAGGGAAUACCUUUCAUUAUAGGUGUUCCAGAUGCUCCGUACUGGGUCCUCUCCACAGACUACCAGUCAUAUACUCUGGUGUACUCCUGUUCUGAGUACUUUGGCUUUUUCUACAUCGACUU